AUGUCGACCAAUAUUGCCAACAUCACUGGGAAUGCUUCCCUGGACGUUCUCGGGAGGUCCCUCGAGACAACAUCAGGGCGAGGAAGUUUCACGUAUUCAACUUUGAACUGGUCUAUUUGGCAGUAUCUGAUAACACUUCUCCUGGGGCUUGUGUUGUAUGAUCAAGUCGCAUACCUGCAUCGAAAGGGCUCUAUCAUCGGGCCUCGAUUCAAGAUACCUCUUACGGGACCGUUCAUUCACGCACUGCAUCCAAAGUUCGAGUCAUACUUAGCGCAAUGGGCCAGCGGGCCCCUGAGCUGUGUAUCCAUCUUUCACAAAUUCGUGGUCCUCGUCUCCGACCGCGAUCUCGCCCACAAAGUCUUCAAAUCCCCAACCUACACCGAGCCAUGCAUCGUCCCUCUGGCAAAGGACAUUCUCGGUCACAAAGCAUGGGUCUUUCUCCAGGGAAAAGCCCACGCUGAGUACCGUCGGGGUUUGACACCACUCUUUACCAACCGAGCCAUGGAAACGUACCUCCCGGCCCAAGAGCGAGUUUUAUCCGACUACUUUGACAAAUUUGUCACCGCCAGUGAGGCCAACCAUAACAAACCCCAGGCGUUUAUGACCCUAUUUCGCGAGAUCAACUGCGCCCUUUCUUGCCGUACCUUCUUUGGCGAUUACAUCUCCCCAGAAGCCGUCAAGAAGAUUGCCGAGGACUUUUAUCUCGCAACUGCCGCACUCGAGCUGGUCAACGUGCCCUUCUCCAUGCACAUCCCUUUCACCAAGCCGUGGCGUGGAAAGCGAACGGCCGACACGGUCCACGCCGAGUUUGCCAGGUGUGCUGCGGCCUGUAAGCGCAACAUGGCCUCGGGCGCAGCCCCAACAUGCAUCGUUGACCACUGGGUAUUGCACAUGUUUGAGUCCAACCGCUACCGCGAACGCAUCGCGGCAGGUGAAGAUGCGCGUAAACCCACAAACCUAAUCCGCGAGUUUACCGACCGAGAGAUCUCCGAGACGCUAUUUACUUUCCUCUUCGCUUCCCAGGACGCCUCCAGCAGCGCCACAACUUGGUUGUUCCAGAUCCUCGCCCAGCGACCGGACGUCCUGGACCGACUGCGGGCGGAGAACCUGGCGGCCCGUGGAGGUGAUUGUUACAAGCCGUUUGACCUCCCCAUGUUGGAGUCGCUGACCUACACCGCGGCCGUGGUGAAGGAGCUCCUCCGUUACCGACCCCCCGUCAUCUUCGUCCCCUAUCUCGCCACCAAGUCGUUCCCCGUCACACCCGACUACACCGUCCCCAAGGGCGCCAUGGUCAUCCCCUCGUGCUACCCGGCGUUGCAUGACCCAGCGGCGUACCCGAAUCCGGACAUGUUUGACCCGGAUCGGUGGAUUACGGGAGACGCGGAGAGCAAGACGAAGAACUGGUUGGUUUUUGGCGCGGGAGCGCAUGAUUGCUUGGCCCGGCGGUAUGUGCCGCUGACGAUGGCUGCCAUGAUUGGGAAAGCGGCACUGGAGCUGGACUGGAGGCAUGUGGCGACAGAGGAGUCGGAAAAGAUUCGUGUAUUUGCGACCUUGUUUCCCAUGGACGGGGCCCAGCUGGUGUUUUCAAGACGUCCCUAG